GCCAAAGUUCAGCCUAACUUCCGGGAUCCGGUAUGAAUGAGAUGAAUGUGACAGGUGUAAAUACGGACUGAAAAUGCCCAAAAUCAUCGCGCACUGAUGAAUGCAUAUGUAAAAGAUUUAAGAAACAUUUCAAGAUUGAAAAAGGACACAAUAAUCAUACAUAAAUUACCUACAGAUAAGCCGAGAUCUUCUUUUAAGAAGCAAUGGAUUCAACAGAGUCUACCAAAGGGAAGGAGAGUGUUCAGAAAAGAUCUCCUCUGGAUCUGAUUAUGAACCAGCUCCGAAGGAAAGCCUCUUUCACAGAGAGGAAGAAACCGGCUGUGGGCCGCUUCUUCCGCCCAUCAGAGAGCAGUGACAAGAGAAACGUAGGCAUCCCUGAAGUGAAAGAAUCAGAGGCCAGCGAAGGAAAGGAAAAUAAUGAGCCUGGGAAAGAGAUCAAAGACACAGAUGAUGAGACUGGCUCUCUUGUGGGAUGGGGUCGGGUGAAGCAGUUUGUCCAGAAGCUUGGGAAAACCCCUCACAGUCAGAAUCUGAGCCUGAGCCACUGUGAUCUGACAGCUACAGAUGUGGUGGAACUAGCCACGUUACUGCCAUUUCUGGCUCAGCUGGAGGUGAUGGACCUGUCCUGGAAUGAUUUGGUUGGAGGCUCCCUGAAGGCACUUACUAUCCAUCUGCAGCACGUGGGGAAACUGAGAGUGCUGAAGCUGUGUAGCUGCAGAUUAACAGAUCAAGACCUUACUGCUCUUGGUGAAGCUCUUGACUGCAUUCCUCUAAUAGAGGUGCUAGAUUUGUCCUGGAAUCUUGGCGUUGGCGCAGGAAAUUUCAGACACUUAACAGAACACCUCCAACCUCAAAGCACACUGAAGGAACUCCGCCUGGUGGACUGUCAGCUCUCUGAGACAGACAUUACAGCUCUGAGUGAGGCUCUGCCCAUGUUGUCUAGUUUGGAGGAGUUAGAUCUGUCCAAUAACAAACUGUCAAUCAAGGGAAUGGAGAACUUCACCUCCUCUCUAGGCUCAACUCCACGACUGAAGACCCUAAAACUGAGCAUGUGUGGACUCAGUAAAGACAGCCUCAGUGUUCUGGGACAGGCACUCAGGUUCAUCCCUGCGCUAGAGCACAUCGAUCUGUCAUGUAAUAAGGAAGCAGGUGGAGGUCUCACCACACUGACCACUAACCUAGUUCUUCUCCCACACUUGAGAUGUUUGGACAUGCAUCUGUGCUGUUUAACAAAGGAAGAUGUGUUGGCUUUAGUCCAGGUAGCUCCAUCUCUCAAAGACCUCAGAGAGCUGGAUUUGUCGUUUAAUAAAAGUGUUGGAGAUACACUCCCGAAUCUUCUGCAAACCCUCCCUCUUUCUCAGAUAACCAAACUUCCACUGAACAACUGUGCUUUGAGCACACAUGCAUGCAAUGCUCUUGCUACCGCAAUGCAGAUUAUAAAAGAUUUUGAGGGUGUGAUUGUUUUUUGGAACGUGUGUGUGGGAGAAUAUGUGAGAAUUUUUCUGGAGCCUUUGCAGCCUGAUUGCAAACUACAGGAACUCAGACUGAGUAGCUGCAAUUUAACCACUGAAGAUGUGCUACAUCUAGAAUCUGCUUGCCAGCGUGGAGCUCUGUCCCAUCUGAAGCAGCUGGAUUUGUCUUAUAAUGGCAGCGUCGGGGAUGGUGGUUGGAUGUCUCUUUUUGAGAAGGCUGCUGCUCUAAAGGGACUGGAGGAGCUAGAUGUCAGCCUGCGACCUUCUGCACCCCUCUCCGUGUCUCCCUGGCUGCCCGCCUUGUUGAAGGCCCUUCCGCAGCUCUCGUCCCUCACCCGUCUGUCUCUGCAGCACUGGGCUCUGAGUUUAGCUGAGAGAGAGAAGCUGGAAAAAAUUCUUAGCAAGAAGAAUGUCAUCAUGGAAUGUGACAGGCUGGCCACGCCAACACCAAAUGCUGCAAGUUAAUAAAAGCAUUUCAACCGCUUUAAUAAUUAUGGCUUUCCAAGGUACUGAAGUGGCAAAUUAAGAUGUUACUGAGAAUGUGAUGACUGAAAGGCAUUCAACCAUUACGUACCACUACGUCCUAUGACCCAUAAUUUUUAAACAUGUAUUUUUAAAUUUUUAUAUCACACAAAUGAUCGUAUAAAAAGAGGAUUUUUUUAUUAUAAAUUUAAAGCAUGGGAACUAAAAAUUAAACUUGUUAGUAUAGGGUUACAGUAGGGUGACCAUACAUCCUCUUUCCCAGACAUGUUUUAACCAAGAUUUCUAAAAUGUCCUGGUUUUAUCAUAAUCUUUAUCAUUAUUAACUUAGAUCUGCGUGAAGAUUCAUAAAUAUUCAUUUUUGGAUUGAAUAUCCCUUUAAAGGUUUAGUUCACCCCAAAAUGAAAAUUCUGUCAUUAAGUUCUAAACCUGUAAGACCUUCAUUCAUCUUCAGAACA